AUGUCUACUACUAUGAUUACUACUACUAUUAUCAAAGCAGAAGUGAUCAUGGUAGUAACGGCCUCCCCUUUACGUUUCAUCAUACGCUCAGCAGGACAACAGCUCACCCGCCGGGACACAAGCAGCAGCUGUCGGGCGUCAUCUGGGCCCAGGACACUACCAGGCCCAGGAGACACUCAGGCCCAGACACUACCACAGGCCUCAGGACACUCUGCCAGGCCUGUAUCUACCAGGCCCAGACACUACCAGGGCCCAGGACACUCGGGCGCCAGAUACUACCAGGACCCAGACACUACCAGCCCAGGACACCAGGACCCAGUGCCUACUGAGGCCCAGGAUACCAGGGCCCGGGUACCACCAGCCCAGGAUACACCAGGCCCAGGAUUCACUAGGCCCAGGAAGACACACCAGGCCCAGGACACUGGACAGGCCCAGGACACACCAGGGGCCCUGGACCAGGCCCAGGAUACCAGGCCCAGGAUACUGCCAGGACCCAGGACACUACCAGGACCCAGGACUACCAGGGCCCAGGACAUACCAGGCCCAGGACACUACCAGGACCCAGGAGGAUACUACCAGACCCAGGACACUACCAGGGCCCAGAUGCUACCAGGCCCAGGACACCACCAGGCCCAGACACUACCAGGCCCAGGACACUACCAGGCCCAGGGACUACCAGGCCCAGGACACUACCAGACCCAGGUCACCAGGCCCAGGACUACCACUAGACCCAGGACACUACCAGGCCCAGGACACUACCAGGGCCAGGACACUCCUCAGGCCCAGGACACUACCAGCACCCAGGACACACAGGGCCCAGGACACAACCAGGGCCCAGGACACUACCAGGGCCCAGGACACUACCAGGGCCCAGGACACUACCAGGACCCAGGACACUACCAGGGCCCAGGACACUACCAGGACCCAGGACACUACCAGGACCCAGGAUACAACCAGGGCCCGUGGGAUACCAGGCCCAGGACACUAGGGACCCAGGAUACAACCAGGGCCCAGGAUACUACCACCAGGGCCCAGGACACUACCAGGCCCAGGACACUACCAGGGCCCAGGACACUACCAGGCCCCAGGACACUACCAGGUCCCAGGACACCAACCAGGGGCCCAGGACACCAGGCCCAGACUACUAGCCCAGGACACUACCAGAAACUCACAGGACCCCACAGGACCCAGACACAACCAGGAGGGCCAGACUACCAGGGCCCAGACACCAGGCCCAGGGACAUCACCAGGCCCAGGACACUACCAGGGCCCAGGACACUGGCACCAGGCCCAGGACACCAGGGCCCAGGACACUACCAGGGCCCAGGACACUACCAGGACCCAGGACACUACCAGGGCCCAGGACACUACCAGGGGCCAAGGACACUACCAGGCCCAGGACACUACCAGGACCCAGGACACAACCAGCACCCAGGACACUACCAGGACCCAGGACACUACCAGCACCCAGGACACUACCAGGACCCAGAACACUACCACCAGGGCAGCAGCACCAAGACCACCCACAGCAGGAACACGUGUGAGGAAGACCUUGACAGCUAA